AAACUAAGCAGACACUUUUAACUGACUUGUAGGCUAAUGAUAUUUAUUUAUAGUAACCUUACUAGUAAACGAGAAGUAAAACGCAUAAAUCUGACUGAGCAUAUGAAUGAUGUGAUAAAGAUUACAGUUUUAUUUUUUACUUCUUUUUAAGGUCAGAAUUGUAGUAAAUUAAGGGCAGUGUAUUUGCUCAGUGACUAACACAGAUAAAUAGGUCUUGGGGUGUGUCUGUGGAAAAUAAUGUGUGUCUUUCUCGUUCUAGACUGGUAUUUUGUUUUCUGUCAACUGACUGUGGCAUAUUACCAAAGUAUGAUGCAGUCUGACAUUUGUUCGGAGAUUUGAGCAAUGUCCUCCCAGCCAGAUAAUUCAGCACUGUCCUCAGGUCACAACAUGGAGUACUCCUCCCAGGACAUUCAGCUGAAAAUCAUCGGCCUGGGCUUCUUCUUCUACGCCUUUAUCUUCCUCCUCUCUCACAUCCUAUCUAGCCUGCUGUUUCACACCUACCGCUCACUGUCAGCCAAAGAAAUGGUCUUCUGGGAUUUGGCUGCGACAAGGGCUGUGUUUGGAAUCCAGAGCAUGGUGGCAGGGCUUCGGGCGCUUAUGGAGGAAUCUGCCGUCUACUCUGAUAAGAUUCUCGGGCAGGAGAACUGGUCAUGGUUCAACGUGCUGACUGCUACAGGCUUCUUCCUGUUUGAAAAUGUGGCCCUUCAUGCAUCCAACGUGGCAUUCUGGUCUUUCGACCUGCCGUUGGCCAUGCAUCACUUCUUCGCCCUUGCAGGGUUUGUCGGUGCAGUUGUGUGGAACUGGCUGGGUCAUUUCCUCCCUAUGGUGACUUUGCUGCUGGAGAUGAGCACACCUUUCACCUGCAUCUCCUGGAUGCUUCUUAAGGCGGGAUGGUCUAAGACUUUCUUCUGGAAAGCUAAUCAGUGGAUGAUGAUUCACAUGUUCCACUGCCGCAUGGUUGUGUCCUACUACAUGUGGUGGGUGAGUUGGAAUCAUUGGGAGGAGAUGAAUACCCACAUCCCAUUGGUUCAGAGACUGCUGUUCUUCAUAGGCCUCUUCCUGCUCACCUUCUUCCUCAACCCCAUUUGGACACAUAAGAAAACCCUGCAGCUUCUUAAUCCUGUGGACUGGAACUUUGACAAUAAACCUGCAGCAGAGAACGGACCAAUCCAAGACCAGGCUCGACACAAGCCCCAUGCCAGCUGAUUAACACUAAGAUCAAAGCCUUAUGGGAAAUACAGUCUGGAGAAGAUACAGUCUGCUAUAUGAAUCAUAGAGAAAAUAUGCAAUAUUAUACAGUUGUGUUUUUAGUGAAUUUAUUUGAAGGCUUAGGUUUAGCACUAACUAGUACUACUUCCUACAACAUGAGCACACACAUUGCACAGUUGGUAAUGUGUCUGUAUUUGAAUCAAUAGUUUACCCCAAAAUGUAAAUUCUGUCAUUAUUUACUCUAUUAUUAACCCUCAAUGUUAUGCCAAACCUGAAAGAAUGACUGUUUUUGUCAAAUAACUGAAAGUCAGUGGGGUCCAAAAUAACAUCUCAUGACUUUCAUUAUAUGGACCAAAUCAUUUAUUUUAAAAUACUUAUUUACUAUUUAUUUUAAAAUACUUAUAUAUAUUAUUAUUAUUAUUAUUUUUUUUUUAUGUUUACCUGAAGAAUGAUCGUCAUGUAUGUUUGGAAUGAGGAUGAUUAAAUGAUAACAGAGUUUUCAUUUUAGGUGAACUAUCCCUUCAAUCAGUAGCUAUAUAUUUUUGAGCACUUAAAACAAUGUCUAGAAGUCUGGUGCAUGUUUCAGUGAGACUUCUUUGGCCUACAAAUAUCAUGAGAUCCGUUUAUGCAACUUGGUUUCAACUUCCUGUUUGAGUUGAGUUGGGCGUCCUGAAAGAAGCCUUUCAUGUGUUUAUGUGUGUUUAGGUGUUUCGGGAGUGGCUGUUUGAGUCAUAUUUUUCUUUGUACAUUGGCAGUCUGUGCAGCACAGCAUCUCUCAAGGUGUGAGAUCCUUGUCUUUUUCUUAAGUUUUUUUCUGAUAGACUCAUAUUUGUAACUUCCAGUAGUUAUUUGUCUUGUGAUUACGAAAACCCUGACUGCUUCAUACCCAAGCGUGGUCUGUCAACUCAACCACACUCUACUUAACUAAAUGCCACUCAGUUUCUAUGAAAACUUCAGCUCAAAGCCACCAGACCUGGUUUUAGUUUUAGUUGUUUGAAGGAUUUUUCUUUUACAGAUGUUGUGUGUUUUGGUGUUCAAUGGCUGUAGGCAGUGUUUUGUGAGUUUUUGUGGACGUUUGACUAAACUCUUUGUGUUCUGCAUAAAUAGGGUUUGUUCUGUCA